AUGACGAAGGAAGCGCUAUCGAAGUAUAUGGAGGAGUUUAAGGAUUCUCUGAUCGCUCCAUCAGAUCCCAGACAUCAGGCGGUGGAGUUAUUGGUUCGCAUUCUGGCCGAGAGAAUCCAGGACAUUGCUGAGAUCUCCUCUGUCCCCUGGACGGUCCACGUGGUGGACGGCCCUACAAUCAAUGCGUUUGUUUUGCCUAAUGGAAAGGUCUUCAUCUUCACAGGAAUGCUGGAGGCUGUAGCAGGCAUCCAUCAGCUGGUCUUUAUACUGGGACAUGAGAUUGCUCAUGCUCUGAUUGGUCACGCAGCAGAGCAGGCCAGUUUGUCUCACGUGGUGGAGCUGUUGUCUCUCAUCCUUUUAACGGCAAUCUGGGCGAUCUGUCCCAGGGACAGUUUAGCCGUGCUGGGCCAGUGGAUUCAGAGCAAACUAGUGCAGUUUUUAUUUAACCGGCCCUUCAGUCGUAAGCUGGAGGCAGAGGCGGACCAGGUUGGCCUGCGACUGGCUGCCAAGGCGUGUGCUGACGUGAGGGCGGGCCCAGUCUUUUGGCAGCAGAUGGAGAUCUAUGAUCAGUUGAGAGGCGAACCCACCAUCCCAGAGUGGCUGUCCACACACCCUUCCCACCAAAACCGUGUCAGACAGUUGGAUCGCCUCGUCCCUGAGGCUUUGGAGCUCCGUGCACGCUGUGACUUUCCUGGCCUCCCCAAAGCUGACCCCCGUGUCAUUUUCCACCAGACUGUUAAAUUGCUUCUGGACAAUGCCAAAAAACAAGAAAAGAUUGCACAAGAAGAAAAGAAUGAGAAACGGAGAUCUGAAGUCAUGUUGUCGCUCCCUCAGUCCCCUCCUGUCCCGACUCCGGGGUCUCAGCCUCAGUUGGGAGGAUUGCAGGCCACAUCUGCUCUGCUACAAACUCUGCUUAGUAAAUAAGACUUGAUGAAACAUGACUGACAGGGACAAAUUCAAGCCUUCCUUUUCACUUCUCUUUUUCCAGUCCAGUAGCUCUGAACAAGGACUGAGAGGAUUGUCAGAUAGGACCAGACAGUUUUUUUGAUCCAUUUGAUUAGCUGUCACUUUGAUACUUAACGUCAGUUAGUCUGUGAAAUGUUUUGAGUGAGAGUAUGUACAUUAUUUGUGUGUAAUGCUUGAGUUUAUGCUCCUCCUUCAAGCAUCCGUGGCAGUGCAGUCAUGUUAAUAAUGGAGCAAUAUUGUCGGCGCCGAUGGCCUCGUGGGCAGCGUGGUGGCAUACAGCACCAUUGUGCUUUGGGUGUCAUGAGUUUGAGUCCUGGAUCGUGGACUUUUCCCGAUCCCAUCCCCCUCCUCUCACCCACUUCGCUUCCUGUCGACCUAUACUAUCCCAUCCAAAUAAAGGCAUAAAACGCCAUAAAUCUUUAAUAAUAAUAAUAAUAAUAAUAGAGCAAUUGUAAAUGGGUUUUUGAUUGGUUUUAAUGAUGUUAUUAGCAUAAUGCUAAUGUGCAUUAUGGUGUAGAGUACAUUAUUCAUCAAACAUCUGCCUCUGCUUUAAUGUCCCCUAUAGGUUCCAGGUUGUAAUGUUACUGCUGCAUUGCAGCUAAUGUCACUGUGUUUGAAGCUGUGUGGAGCUUUGGACACACUACAUUAUCAAGAGGAUUUAUAAAUGGGCAGUUGGUGCUAAAUGAGCCCAAUACUUGUGUUCUUGUGUUAGGUUUAUUUUAAAUGCACUUUGUAUGAAUACUAUGAAUGUAGAAAUUUUUUACUGUAAUUACAUACAAGAUAAAUUAAUUUACCAG